AUGCCUCGCUCUCGCUCUCCUCUCUCCUCAGACGCGCUGCUCCUGGCGCAGGCUGCCUCGUCGCUGGUCGUGCCUCUGGGCUCGGACGUGGCCUUCGCGUCUCCCGCGGCCGCGUCUGGGCCGCCUGCGUGCCAGCGGCUGCUGCAUCAAUCGCCGCAGUCUCUCGACGACUCGGUGGAGUACUUUGCCUUACUCCACCGUUUGGGAGACGAUGCCCAGACUCUCCCGGGCCCUCCAAAGUUCGUCUACCAGAGCGCGGGCUUUCGGCCGACCUGCGACGCAAGCGCAGACAAAGGCGCGACAGACCGACGUCUGGGAGGGAUGGGCGGCGUCUCUUGCUCCUCGGGGAUCUCCUAUGACUGGUUGCUGGCAUUGGGGUGCCUGAACUGCGGUCGAACCGUCACCGUCGCGGACGACCUUCUGCCGACUCUCGAAGACCUCGACGCGUCUGCCUCUCUGACGUGUCGGGGAUGCGGCCACCGCAUUGUUCCGCUCCAUGGCGCAAACGAGUCAGACGCGCUCGUCGACUGCAUGCAUGCGGGUCGCCACAGGCGCAAGGCCCCAACGCAAACGGAGACGCAGAGGGAUGAGACGAAGAGGGAGGAGACGAAGGAGAAAAGCUCUGGCCAGGAGGCAAGAGACCGGGAGGAGGCGCCUGCAUGCACGGCUCUCGGCGAAGACGGCAUUUAUCUCUUCGGCCAGAGAAAACAGCAUCGGCUGGGCGACUUCUCCAAGCGAUGGUGGAAGCAAAGAUUCCUCGGCGAACGGUUCGGCGAGCGGCUGCUGGAGCAGCAACUCCGCCUCGUCCAGGCCUUCUCUGGGGCGAAGAAGGGCGUGAUUUGCAAGGAAACCUGCGAAGCCUGCGGCCACGGCGAAGCCUUCUUCUCGACCUUCCAGGCGCGAAGCGCAGAUGAAGGCAUGACGGUCAUGUACGAGUGCGUCAAGUGCGGCCACCGCCGAGUCUUCAACAACUGA